CUUGACAUUGAAGAUGGUGAGUAGUCAGCCAAAGUACGACCUAAUACGGGAGGUUGGUCGUGGCAGUUAUGGUGUGGUGUACGAAGCAGUUGUCAGGAAGACCUCUGCACGGGUUGCGGUGAAAAAGAUUCGGUGCCACGCUCCAGAGAACGUGGAACUAGCUCUGCGUGAGUUCUGGGCGCUGAGCAGCAUCAAGAGUCAGCAUCCAAAUGUCAUUCACCUGGAGGAGUGCAUCUUGCAGAAAGAUGGUAUGGUGCAGAAGAUGUCCCAUGGGUCCAGUUCCUCCCUUUAUUUACAGCUUGUAGAGACCUCGCUAAAAGGAGAAAUAGUCUUUGAUCCCAGAAGCGCCUACUACCUUUGGUUCGUCAUGGAUUUCUGUGACGGAGGGGAUAUGAAUGAGUACUUGCUGUCCCGAAAGCCCAGUCGUAAAACCAACACUAGUUUCAUGCUUCAGCUGAGCAGUGCUCUGGCUUUCCUGCACAAAAAUCAGAUUAUCCAUCGCGAUCUCAAACCUGACAAUAUACUAAUAUCACAGAGCAGGAUGGAUGCUAGCGAUUUGGAACCCACUCUCAAAGUGGCUGAUUUUGGAUUAAGUAAAGUAUGUUCGGCUUCGGGGCAGAACCCUGAAGAGCCAGUCAACGUAAAUAAAUGUUUUCUUUCAACCGCAUGCGGGACUGACUUCUACAUGGCACCAGAAGUCUGGGAAGGACACUACACUGCCAAAGCAGACAUCUUUGCUCUGGGGAUUAUAAUCUGGGCAAUGCUGGAAAGGAUCACCUUCAUCGACACGGAGACGAAGAAAGAACUCCUGGGGAGCUACGUGAAGCAGGGGACAGAGAUUGUGCCUGUUGGGGAGGCACUUCUAGAAAACCCCAAAAUGGAACUGCUCAUCCCUGUGAAGAAGAAGUCUAUGAAUGCUCGCAUGAAACAGCUGAUUAAGGAAAUGCUGGCUGCCAACCCGCAGGACCGCCCUGAUGCUUUUGAGCUAGAACUCCGAUUAGUCAAAAUUGCUUUUAAAGACAGCAGUUGGGACACGUGACCUCUGGAACGCUCAUCUCUGCACACAGCUGCUGCUUUUUUUUUUUUUUUUUUUUUUUUAAACAAAGGUGCAAACCUUCUUGUGGCAGUAAAAAAAAAAAAAAAAAAAAAGAUAAGAAAACGAAACAAACCUAAACUCAGCACUUCAGGGUUUAAUUUCAACCAAACUGAUUUUUUUCUUCUUUUUUUCCCAUGAAUUAAACUAAACUUGAGUUGGCCAUCUCAUUAUAAAUACACUUAUAUGUAUAUUCCCAAGAUAUUCUACCCAAGCGUAGGUGUCAAAAUAAUUCAUGUAAGCUGUCCACAAAGAGGCCCGAGAGUUGCGCUUCUUUUGCUUUCCAGGAAUACGUUAUGGAAUAUUUCAGACAUUCCAGUUUCGUAUCGCAGUAUUAGGAACUCCCGUGAACGAGGAGGUUUGCAUGCUGGCAGUGCAAAUCCUUGGGCUUUGUAAAGUAAAUCUAUGUAUAUAUUUAUGUAUAUGUGAGUGACCGAGCGUGUGCGUGUUGCAUUCCAUAGAGAAGAUGCCACUUCUGUUUAAAUUAUUUGGUGUGGGUUUGGAUGAUUGGGAUCUGCCGAUUAAACUCAGUGAGGGAAAUAAAUGAUAAGCAUUCCUCCAUAUGUACUUGCCAGAUGAAUUUUUACAUUUUUAUUUUUAUAGCCUAUUAUCAUUUGGAAAAAGAAAGGGCCUAAAACUUGACUUCUUCAACAAAAAAAAUGCAAUUCAAAGGGAUCAGCAAAUUCAAAGGUGCUGUGAUGUCUCUGAGCUUAGCACGGCCUAGUAAGGUUGCAGCCGAGGGAGUCAAAUUACAAAUGUAUGCAAUCAUGUGCUAGCAUGUUGCUUAGAUCAUUAAUCAUUCAGUUUUUGUUUUCUUUUAGGUAAGCGCACUCUAUUAAUCAGUUAAGCUACAGUUCCCUAACAUGACUGCACCCUUGUAUUUAUACAUCCCUACAGCCUAGAGCACUUACAGGAGGGUGACCUUGAUUUGUGAAAAUGUAGAUACCUAACAGCAGACUCCAGCAGCUGAAAUCGCUUUAAGGUUCUUCAUAAUCUGCUGAAACACAAUCUUUCCUGUUAGUCUGAUCUAGCUGAUACCAUUUGUAUCAGCUCUUUCCUAUCCUUGGCAUUGAUGCAAUGUCUUUUCACUGGUUAGUGCUGUGGCGAUAAAGGGAUUAUUAUCUUCAGUGUUAAACACCUCCAUUUUACAAUAUGGGUGAGAUCUCAAUACUUAAUGUAUGAAUGAGAUGUUGCAGCUUCAAUCAAAUCUUUUGUGCGGAAAACUGACCGACCUUUGGAUUGCUCUGCUGCAUAGGAGAGGUAGUGUUUUGUUCCUUAUGACUUGGUUUUAUUCUUUGUCCUGGAUGGUAGGACACAACCCGUUGAACUAGUACAAGCCUUUUUAUCCCUAUGUUCGCAAAAACUGAUCAAUUCAUAUGUUAAUGGAGAACUUUCCCAGACUUCCUAAUGUUUUAGGGUAGACUUGAAUUACUUGGCAGUAUGAUGAACGCUGACCAGCCCUGUGAAUCAUCGUAUUUGUUUCCUCUAAGCUGAUAAUUGAUGGAUAAGACCUGAAUUUUUAUUCUGUUAUCCAAAAAAGUCCUGCAAUGAGUAGGCAAAACCUUACAAAAUAGCACUGGAAGAAUACCUUGGGGCCAGAUAUUAACGAUCCUAGGGCCAACAUUUAGGCUUUAAACAGGGUUGUGCAACACCAGGUUUGCAAAUUCGAGAAGGUUUUCCACUGCAAAUGACUUCUUGUUUGGUUUUAAACAUUCCUUUGCAGUGUUGGCAACUCAGAGGUGGGGCCCUGGUGCUGUGGCAUGAAACCCAGGAAGUGAAACUGCCCCUAUACAGUGUUUACUUUCUCUAAUAAAUGAAAUGGGAGAAAGUAAACAAUUAGUACAGAUAAAGAAAAGUGCAAUUUGCCCCUCCAGGGAUAAUAGGGAAAGGGGGUGCAGAGCAGAGCAAGGGGUCAUUUUGCUAAAUACCUAGAUAUUUGUAAGAAUCCAGAUGUUGGCCUCAUAUCCCCUAAUGGAUAGAGCAGGGCUCUAGGAACUUUGGAUUUUAUUUUUUGACUUACUUGAUCCCCUCUUGGUCAAGCGACCUAGCAUCUGUGGUUUUCAAGUGGAAAAUGGUUUCCUUUCCAAAGAUAUUUUCAAUGUCUCGUUUCAAGAUAUCUAAUGAUGCUAGAAAAGCACAAGAGAAUGUUUUUCAGGCACAAUGCUCUGUCCUAUUGAGAGGGCUCAUCUAAAACUUCACUUGGUGUAAAUGACUUAGUCCUAAGUGGUGUUUUGUGGAGUUGCACCAACUGAGGAGAUCGCCCAGGGUUGUCUUGGGCAAACUCUUAUCGAUGUCACUUAUCCCCUGCAUGGAACUUAUAGGAAAAGGUAGGACUGAAGUUAAACAUGGACUCAAGCAGCAAUCAUGAUUUUAAAAAACCUUUAAAAGUGGUGACCCAUUCAGUUGAACAUUUUCCACCUGAAUUGGUCCACUUGAAGCCCCAGCUUGUUUUUGGAGACAAGGUGCUAGUUUAAGGAGGAACCCUGAGUGUCUGUGCCAGCAUUCUGGUUUUAGUAACAUCCCGGCAUGUAACAGUUGCUUUUGACGAUGAGGUAAGAAUCAUGGAACAAUAAAUACUGAGAGAUUUUUAAAGAUACCAAAAAAAGCAGGAAUUGAUAGUCUUCUCCCUAACCUACUCUAAAAUAUUAGUCUGUUUUGGAAUAAUAAUACUUAGCACUUCCCUUCAAAGCGCUUUGAAAAUCAAUUUGAUACUCGGAAGAGAUUUAAAGGAUAAACACCAAACCUGCUGCUUACCUGCAGUGCAGAAACUAAUGGAAAGCGAGGGAGGUAACGAAUCGCACAGUGAAGUUGAUUUCCCAAAGUGUUUCUUUGCACUGAUUGCCACUUUAAAGGGUGGGGGCUACCUGAAACCCUCCCUCGGUGCUUAGUCUUGAUGUUGUGAAGCUGAGUGUCUCGUUGGUUAGCACUGAAUGAUAGUCCUUGAUCUGUGUUUCUUGUUCUGAUUUUUUGCUCGAGGGUUUUUUGGGGUUUUUUUUGGAUCUCUGUAAAACCUUUAACUCAAGCUCUUGUAGCAGCUACAAAAUUCACCAGCAUGACACAAAGGUCAAGAUAGUCAUCAGCACUUCAGAAAGCAAAUGGACUUUCAGAACUUUUUUUUUUUCUUUUAAAAAUUGUAAAAUAUAUUUUAUGAAGAAUUUAUAAAAGGGGAAAUGAUUGUGUAAUUUAUUAAGUUCAUGACUGUUUUGAAAUAAAAUCUGAAUUUCAAUGACACUUUUGGAGACUGAAGAGACAUUUUUCUUUCUAGUCGGUGCCAGUUUGCUGUGUAGAUAAGCCAUCA